UUCAGAGAUCCGUGCAUGAAGGAGUUCUCGGGGUUUCUGCCCCCCCUCCCUAUGUUAUAGCCUACCCAGGAUGGUAUAUGGAGUAUUUGAAAUCUUUUGGGGAACGCUGUAUGGAUUUUUACUGUCGUUGAAUUUGUUUUACAUGUAAAACGCUGGAUCUAAACACAAGUGAGCAAAAUGCAAGAAAGGGACCUCAAUGCACACGAAAACACAGGGACUGUGUAACAGCCUGGAUUUCUCAGAGUAUCUGGUAGGACAGAGGAUUUUUCUGGUGUGUUUGCCUGCUUUGGAUGAUGGAUGGCCGAGAUUUCGGACCCCACAGAUCUGUGCACGUCCCCCCUCCUCUGCUCACGGGGUUGGCCAUGGAGUCUCACCGGCUCGGGGCUGCAACUGCAGCCGGGCGCAUCGCUUCUUCCCCCAGCCACUUGGCCACGGGUCACCCGACGCCUCUCCAUACAGGGAAAUACAUGUCAUCCGCCAUGAACCUUCAUUCGCUCCAUGGUGACUCGUUCCCAGGUAGCUCAAGUCCUUUCCUCAGUGGGUACUUGACCAGUGGUUUAGGGGGCUCCUCCACACCCCAUGGGACCCCCACUUCACUGCCUGCCGAGCCUUCCUUCCGGGCACCCACCCCUUCCAACUUGCAGAUAGCGCAGCUCUGGGCAUCUCACCCCCACGAAGGUUUCUCCCACUUGCCAAACAGCCUGUACCCAAGCCCGUACAUUCCACUCAGCCACCUGGAACACCAGAGCAGUGGGAGCGCUAUCCUGUCUCAGCUCAGCCAGCAUGGGCUCUACGAGUCCCAGAAAGAAGGGUUUUACUUAUCAGGCCGUGCCGGACAGUCAGCCUUGCACCCCCAAACGACAAUCUCCAGAGCAACUUCAAACCAAAUGCCGAGCUCCCUCCUCCGGGAGAAGGAUACUGUUUCUCAUCAUAAGAGUGCGAAGGACUGGAACAGAGAGUCGAGCAGGGAGAAACCCUACAGGACUGAUCUCAACCUGUCCCACCCUCGCAGGGAGAGAGAGAGGCACAGGGAGGAGCCCCGGCCUCGCAGCGUAGUGGACCUCACACAGGACACUAAACUGGAGGGGAGUGAGAGGAAAGUCAGUGGCUUGGACAGGCCUUAUAAAACUGGGGAGCACACGUCUCUGUUUUAUCGCGAGCACUCGCCCGGUUUGGGUGGCGGAGAGCCCAAGUCUAAGAACCCUUUGCAAACCUCCUCUCUGAGCAACUGCAACAGUGGAGGCAGCAGCAGUUCUGUGAGAUACCAGGGCUCUGAGCAAGAGAGGUGCGCCAAGGACCCCAGCCGGCACGACGAGAACAUGCGGCCCUCUGCAUAUGUCCAUGUGGACAAGCCAAAAAAAUGUGAUGCGGUUGUGACUACUUCUUCUUCUUCAGUUGGCUCUUUGCACAUUUCAUGCAGUUGUCCGUCCACACACAGUAAUGCCCCGCAACCUGCCCCCAGGGUGCUAUCUUCAAACACAUUCCCUCCCACCCACCAUGCCCAGGCCAGCCUGUACCCCCUCUACCCCUCUGCCAAGGAACCAGCAAGAGAGCACAAAGUCAUCGCGCCUACGUUUGUGCCUUCCGUCGAGGUGUAUGAGAGAAAUGGGCCAAUCCAAAUAGCCUCACAGGCUCGAGACAAUAAAAAUGACAAAAACAGGGACAAGGAUGGUAACAAACCAGGGUGUUUGCAAGCCCUCAGUGAAAGGACACUUGUAGACCCUCUGCGGCCACCUCACGCACACGAGUCUCCAUUGCAUGGCGACGUUAAGAGGAUGGAAGUGUUCAGAGAGGAAGGCUCCGUUAUAAUGUCAAACUGUGUGACGACGAAAAGGCCAACGUCAUCGGAAUUAUUCCCUGUUAAAGCCGGCCAUAGCCCAGACACUAGGGACCUGCUCUUAAACAGCACCACAUCCAAAGAAAUGAUGAAAAUGGUGAUGGACGCUGAGGCUCGUAGCCAAGAACGAGAGAGGCUUCAAAGGGCGGCCGCGAGAGAUUCUAGCAAACUGUACAGUGAGCUUAAAAACUCUUCCCUGACGGAGCCCAAAUGGAAGCCUUUUGAAAUGGGCAGCUAUGCCACCAACCAUAUGGCUGCGCUUGCUGCCCAGCAUGGGCAUGUGAACAGAGGGGGGGAGGAGGAAGGCAAGAAGGCCUACCUGGACCCUUCUAGUCUUCAGAGGUCCGUCGUGGUCGGGAACUCCCAAGGCAGUUCAGAGGUCCUCCACCUGGGAUCUCGCGGAGAAGUUUCUGCCAUGCAGAGCUUGAUCAAAUACAGUGGUAAUUUUGCCAAGGAGACCAGCGCACGGCCGAACGGCGGGAUCAGGAGCCCGUUUGGUGGCCUGGGAAAUAUGAAGCUGGAAUCUAAUCCACUUGGGAUGUCCAAGGUUCAGCAUCUCCCACCCCAGCAAUGUGGGAAGCAAUUAAAGAGAGACCCUGAAAGGCCGGAGAGCGCCAAGUCAUUUGGCAGGGAGAGCAUUGGGUCUCAGGGAGAGGUUGAAGUAAGGCACCCACCGGUAGGCAUUGCCGUGGCUGUUGCACGUCAGAAAGACAACACCAGCAAGCCCAGCUCUAAUUUGGGGGACAGGGAACGAUCGAUUCCAGUGGGCAGUAUAAAAGGAUCUGGCCACGGGGAGGCAGAUCGUACGGAUGACCGGAGUCAUCACCAUGACGAGCGUCUGCUGGCAGGCCGCUUGGAGCGCGAGCAGGAGAAAUUGCUCCGAGAGAGUAAGGAGCUGGCAGAUUUUGCCCGAAUUCACCAGCCUGGUGUGUCCUCCAAUGGCUUGAACCCAAAUCUUAUGGUGACGGGAGGUCCUUCCCUGGCUGGCCCAGGACGAUGGUCUGCUGAUCCUGCAUCCCACCUGGCUUCUCACCACUGGAUCCCCCGCACAGACAGCUCCUCCUUGUGGCUAGCAGGCUCUCCUUACGGUUUGGGUCACCCAUCACUUCACCAAGGCAUGGCUCCAGCGUACCACCCCGGCAUGCCUGGCUCUAUACCCUCGCCCUACCAGUUUGCCCGGGACCCUCAAUCAGGGCAGCUGUUAGUUAUCCCAACGGAUCAUCUACCGCACUUUGCAGAACUGAUGGAGAGGGCACCUCCUCUGUGGUCCACGAUGUACCCGCCAGCAGGAAGUUCACUCCAGCAUGCCCACCAGCUUCAGUUACUUUCUCACCAACAGUUGCUUAGGCAACACGAGCUCUACAUGUUGCAACACCAGGCUGCCCAAGCCAUGGAGAUCCGGAGAAGCGCCCAGCUAGUGGAGAGGUUAAAGGCGAGUGAACACAGAGCUGAGAUGGAGGACAAGGCUGCCAAAAGAAGCCACGAAGGGGCCAAGCAGGGUCUGCCUGCUGCCUGUGCUCCUGCCCUGCAAUCCAGGAAACCGCCAUUGCCUUCUCCCACUCCAUCUACGUCCUACGGCAAGGCACUGACGCCCCGGCCCCCGACCCCUUCACUCUCUCCCGUGACCGCCCUCAAGUCGGAGGUUCUACACAAAAUGGAGGAGGCUGUGCCCCAGCAGCCCUAUUCCCACCCCUCCACGCCAGCUCCUCACCCAUCCAGCCCUGCCCCCGCCUCCCCCCCACCCAAGCCACCCAUCCUAACCAAGGAGGAAGCACCGGAAGAGAUGGAGAAAAAAGAAAUCGGUUUGCAGAAAGGGCCUUGCCAGGCCUUAUUUCCUGAAAUCCCUCAGGGCUAUUCUUUCCAAUCAAUAACCGCUCCCUUCGGUAGCCACUAUCCCUACCUCCUUCAGCCUGCCGCCGCUUCCGAUGCUGACGGACUGGCCCCAGAUGUGCCGCUGCCGGCGGAGACAUCAGAACAUCUGUCUGCCUCAGUUGAGGUUAAACCCAUGCGCCUGCACCCACCUGCCAUGGUUGAGUCCUUACAGUCAGCCAUGGGGCCCGAGCCAAUGGAGGAAAAUGCUGUGAACAAGGUUGAAUCUGAUCUUGAGGAAACCCAAAGCCCUGGAGACCAGAAUGGCAGCACAGUCCUGGCCAAGAGUGUCCCUGAAGAGCUACAGAUGCCCACUGAACCAGACAACCAGUCUGGCACGGAGAGGCACACAGACGAGGUAGAGGAAGAGCAGGAGGACAAGGAGUUGCAGAAGGGAGGGGGGACAGCUCAAAUUUGCCAGAUAUCCUACCGAUUGAUUGACUGCGCCCCGGAAAUGGAGCCACAGCCAGAGAAGCCCAAGAUACAGGCACACUCCGUACAUGCAGACUUUGACAAUUCGAUGGCCUAUUGCGGACCAGAAGUGCAAGAGGUCCAGAUACAAAGAGAAAGCUCUUCCAAAGCUGAGGAACUGUACGAUGAGGCUAAUGAGAAGGAGACCUUUGCCGUUCCCUCUAGUACGACAGAACCUCCAACUGAGGAUCUGUCCAUCAAGGAGGGUUUGUUGUCUUCUCAGAUUGCACAGCUGGACACCUUGAACAUUCGGUUGGAUGACCCGAUGGCAGGGAUGAUCGCCUUGGUGGCAGCCUCAGAGCUGCCCCAAACAUGUUUCCUGCCAACUCAUUAUACCCCGACGGCUGUCCUCUCUGCCCCUGAGAUGACUGACUGUUCUCCAGUGGACCCUGCUGGCCUUCAAGGGAUUGCUCUACUGAGUGAAAUAGCAGAGCUGGAGCUGGAGAGGCGGAAGAAUGAAAUUCACUACACAAUGCGAGCCGACUUGGAAAGCCUUUUGGUGGCAGGAACGCAGGUGUUAAUGGAAGCCCUGGCAUGCAAGCCUGCAAUAACCAUCAGGCUUCCUCGAGAACUGAACCCCAACAAGAAAUACAGCUGGAUGCAAAAGAAGGACGAGCCUAUGUUCUAUAUUAAGUCUGCCAUCGAAGACAUGGGUGCCAUGGAGCUGGAUUACAGGGUGAGACUGGCCGAGCUGCAGAGGAGAUACAAAGACAAGCAAAGAGAACUGGCGAAAUUACAGAAACGCAAGGAUGCAGAAGAGAAACAUGAGGAGAAGAACAGAAGUCUGGCAAGGAGAGGCCCAGGAAGGCCCAGAAAGAGAAAGCAUGGCCUUGCCUCGCUGCCUGUUGGGAAAAGUGACUGUAAGGGUAGCAAGCUUGGCAAGUCCUUCCUGCUGUCCGAGGACACGGAGAUGGGCGAGGGACUGCGGAAGAGAUUCCGAGGUCUGAGCGCCGAGGAUGAUGAUGAGAUGGAUGGUGUGAGUGCGAAAGUGAAAAGGAAAACCAAGAGCUGGGAUGACGCUUCCUCCAGCUUCUCUCAAGAGAUGCAUACAAAGAGUAAGAAAAAGGAGGAGGAGAGUGAGCAGGAGCAGUUGGCAACCAAACUGGACAAGACUCUGUCUCUGACCAAACUCGGUCAGCUCGGCAAGUCUCAUUUUAAGUUUGCAGACGGCUCAGUAGGGAAGUCGAGUAGCAGUUUUGGGAGCUACAGUAAACGCUUUGGGUCCCACGGGAUGGAGUUCCUGGCAAAGGAAGGGAAGAAAAACCUCUCGCAAAGCCUCAGCAUCUCGCAGAAAUCCUCCAAAGAAGGUAAAAACAAAAUGGCUGCCAAAACAAAGAAGAUGGAGUUUGGGAUGAAGGUUAAAGGUCACCUGAAAGCUUCUCCCUCCCCUGCAAGGUCAGAAGUCAGCAGUUACUCAUACAAUACAGACACAGAGGAGGGAGAUGAAUCGGUAAAGCACGGCUGGCCAUCCCAUUCUGCGUUACGUAAAUCUGGAUUGAGGGGGCAACCCUCCCGCCUGCACGGCUCGGCCUCCACGAAGAGCAGACAGCCGCCCAAGAGGGGCCUGUCCACGUCCUCCUCGUCUUCAGCAGGGACUCUGAAAUCAAAACAGAUGGCAAGCAAGAAGAGACACAAGCACUUUGCUUUACUGCUGCAAGAGGCCGAGGCCCGGUCGUCCUUCAGUGACUCUUCGGAGGACUCAUUCGACCAAGAUUAUACCUCAGAGGAGGAUGAUGAUGAUGAGGAGGAGUAUGAUGUGGAUGGGAGUGAUGGCUUCGGUUCUCCCAGCCUGGAUGAGAGCGGGCUGGGGCUGCUGGCCAGGUUUGCUGCCAGCGCCAUGCCCAGUCCAAUCAUCGCUCCUUCACUGUCCGUCGUUCAGUUAGAGGCCAAGCAGAAAGCCAAGAAGAAGGAAGAAAGGCAGAGCCUCAUGGGGACUGAAUUUGAAUACACAGAUUCAGAGAGUGACAUCAAGAUUAAGAAGAAGACCCCCUCGCUGCUUCACUCCAAGAAGCCUCUGCUGGAUUCGGCUGUGCCGUUUGGGAUGACUGGGGAGCUGCCCGGCUCCAACAAGCUGAAGUUGGCGGAAAAGAAGCUGAAGAAGGUGAAGUCUCCCCAGGAAUUCAGCUUCGAGUUCGGCCAGGAGGUGAGCGACGACGACCACUGGCCACGCCGGAGGAGCGAGCGUAUUUUCCUUCACGACGCUACUCUGGCCACACCCCUCUCUCCUUCCAGAACAAGCCCUCCUGCCAGUGCCAAGCCAGCUCGCUCCCCCAAAGCCGUGCCGCAAAGCCCAAAAAAGGAAGCCAGCAGGCCAAAGGAGGAAAAAGACCUUGGCAAGAAGAAGAAAGGCAGAGAGACCCCAUUGUGUCUGUCACCCCCCCAGCACUCGAGCACCUCCAACGAGGGCCGGGUCUGUCUGACCUCCUCCCCCCUCAGCCCCAGCAAGAAGAACAAGGUGAAGGUGAAGACGAGGGAGGUAAAGAAAGAGCAGGCGCGAGGGAAGGGCGGUGCAGUCAGCAAGCUGAUGGAGAGCAUGGCCGCUGACGAGGAUUUCGAGCCCAAUCAGGACAGCAGCUUCUCUGAAGAUGAGAACGUCUCGCUGAGUGCGCUAAUUGACAGGCCCAACACGCCCGGCCCCCGUAACUGUGUUAUCGACAAAGACGAGCUGAAGGAUGGGCUCCGGGUCCUCAUUCCUAUGGAUGAUAAGCUGCUCUACGCCGGCCACGUCCAGACUGUUCACUCUCCAGACAUAUACCGAGUUGUUGUGGAAGGAGAGAGAGGGAACCGGCCUCACAUCUAUUCCCUGGAGCAGCUCCUACAGGAGGCAAUCAUUGAUGUGAAGCCCCCCUCUGUGCAAUACCUCCCCGAGGGAACGAGAAUCGCUGCAUACUGGAGUCAGCAGUACCGCUGCCUGUAUCCUGGAACCGUGGUCAGAGGGAGCCCUGAUGUAGAUGAGGACGACGAUUUGAUAACCGUGGAGUUUGACGACGGUGACACAGGGAGAAUUCCUCUGUCCCUCAUCCGACUGCUGCCUCCUGAUUAUAAGAUACAGUGUGCAGAGCCUUCUCCUGCCUUACUGGUGCCCAGCAUAAUGAGACGCAGCAGGAAGUCCAGCAAGGAUGCCGGGGAAGUCAAGGAGGCAAGCGUCCAACUAUUGGAGGAGCCAGUUCCAAAGAGCCGAGGGCGCGGCAGGAGGCCCAAACCUAAACCUGGGCCUGAAGUUGUUCCUGAGGAUCGUGAACAAGGAGAAGUGUCUGCUUCCACAGACACCCAGGAGAGAUCAGCGGCCCAGGGGAAAACAGGCUCCAGGCCAGCUAGAAAUUGCCAGCAAAGCCCAAACGCUGGCUCUUCUGUGGCGAUGCCUACUGAGAAACUGAAGAAAAUCACAAAGGGGAAGAUUCCUGCCAAAGGAAACGCUCAGCAACAGGCAUCCUACACACGACCAGUUUUUGGCAACGUCCUUUCAGAUUCCUACAGUGGUGUCUUGGGUUCAUUCAUACCCAGUGACAACAGCCAGGGGAAAGCGAAAUCCAAGAAAGGGAGGAAAGGUGAUGAAGCCCGAAGAAAGCAGCCAGAGUCUGAGCUCAUGAUCAAGCUGGAUCACGAAGGAGUGACGUCUCCAAAGACCAAGAAGACCAAAGCCCUGAUGAUGAUGGAAGACCAGAGCUUCUCGGGCAAGAGGAACAACAAGACCAUGAUGGCUUAUCCCAUGGUCAUGGGAGGGGAGGUCAAACAGAAAGCAGCCAAGACCAAAGCAGAGGAAAAGGAAAAGCCAAAGGCUAGUGCCGUCGCCACGUAUAGCGUAGGGAAGCUGGGGAGAAGCGUGGAUGGCUUGGUUAAGGUAAAGGACCCGGAAACAAACGAGGAAGAGGAGGAACUGGAUGACGACAGCAGCAGCAGCAGCAGCAGCAGUGGCAGUAGCAGUAGCAAUUCUGAGUCAGAUGGGGAGGAAGAAAAGCAAAACCAGGGUGUAGGAGCCCAAGAAGACAGUAGCUCAGCCAGCUCCAGGACUUCCAGCUCCAUCUCAUCCACCAACUCCUCAACGUCCUCCUCCAGCAGCAGCUCCUCCUCCUCCUCCUCCUCCUCCUCCUCCUCCUCCUCAUCUUCCAGCUCCAGCUCUUCUUCAUCAACCACUGAUGAAGACUCCUGCAGUUCCGAUGAGGAGACCCCAAGCUCCCCACACUCCACUUCACCCACCCAGCAGGCUCCUCCCCAAGUCGAGGAGAAGCUAUCAGGACAGCUCCAGACCUCCUCUUCCUCCUCCCCAUCCCAGGCCAGGAGUCAGAAACAGCUGCAAAGCAAGAAUAGACCGAAGAAACGGGAAGGAAUCCAUCUGCCCACAACCAAGGAGCUGGCCAAGCGUCAGAGACUUCCUUCAGUGGAAAACAGACCCAAAAUCGCCGCCUUUCUGCCUGCCCGGCAGCUCUGGAAGUGGUUUGGCAAACCAACCCAGAGGCGAGGAAUGAAAGGUAAAGCCAAGAAGCUGUUCUAUAAGGCGAUUGUGCGAGGGAAGGAGAUUAUUCGCAUCGGAGACAGUGCGGUUUUCCUGUCUGCUGGCCGGCCCAACCUGCCCUACAUUGGGCGCAUCCAGAGUAUGUGGGAGUCCUGGGGAAACAACAUGGUGGUCAGAGUCAAGUGGUUCUACCACCCAGAGGAGACUAACCCUGGGAGGAAAUUACAUGAUAGAAAGCAGUGGGAUCAGAAGUCUGGGCGAGGACUACCAGCUGCUCUCCAGGCCUCCAACCAGAGAAAGGACUUCAUGGAACGUGCCCUGUACCAGUCCUCUCACAUCGAUGAAAACGAUGUGCAGACCGUCUCUCACAAGUGUCUGGUGGUCAGUCUGGAGCAGUACGAGCAGAUGAUUAAAACCAAGAAAUAUCAGGACAGCGAGGAUCUGUACUACCUGGCUGGGACCUACGACCCCACCACAGGGAUGAUCUUCAACACUGACGGAGUGCCCAUCAUAUGCUGAAGCUCAGUGCCGUUUCCAUAAUGCAUAAAGAGGGACCAGAGCCUUGAAUGCUGUGUUUACCAGAAAAAUUAAAACAAGGCUGCCUUCAAGAGCAAUGCGAGUCACCCCUUGGAUAAUGUAUUGCAAAAAGAGAAAAAUAAUAAUUGUGGAGGAAAGGUAGCAGUUAUCUGUUCAAGGACGCUCAUGACCACCUUGGGUUUACUGAUUCUGUGAAUUACGUAGAAAGAAAGGUGGUGGCAGAUGAUAAAAGCAUUAUCAAAGUGCUAUAGAAGCACAUCUUUAGGUUCUUAUGGGGAAAUGGUUAGCUGCCUGAAGAAAUGUUUGCCCUCGGUACAAAAUAACUAUCAGCUCGGGACCUGCAAUUUAUUUGACUUGGAAUAAAAAUCAGCUGCAUAGCGGCUUGAAGCAGAUCUGUAUUGAAAUUUGUACCCUUGGAGGCGAGAUGACAUUAUCAGUCUGAGGCCGCCUUCUGGAAAGCUGGUCACCUGACUUUUAAAGGUGUAAUUACAUUAUACAAAAUAACCUUUCAAUGCAUUCUCAGAGCUGCAAAUCUGGCCUGCCGGGCAGAAAGACUUUUUGCGCAUAAUAUUGGUACGUUUGUGAAAAAAAGAAGGAAAAAAGAAAGCUGGGGAAAUUGGGACUGAGCGGAGGUGAUCACCAUCUGCCGAGUGCUAAUUGUGGUCUCGUGGAAAUGAGGAUGGUGCAAACAUGGAGAAAGGGUUGAAGAUGUCUAAAGGCAAACUGCAUUUUGUUUUAAAAGAAUACGUCAGCAGCAGCCGCAGAUGUUUCAACCAGGAAAGCUUCAAUUAAAGAUGACACGGUUCAUAAGGGACUUGGUGGAUCUCUGAGGCCAGAAGGGUUAAUCCUCAGGCAAUCUGCAAGCCCGUUACUAUCCCACUCUAAAGCAAUUAAUUAAAGAUGACAGUGAGUGUGUUAGCCGAGAAAACAAACCUUCGAGGGAAGAUAACAUCAUCGUCAUCAUCAUCCUACAGCUUUCUGGAGAGCCUAUUGUAGUGAGUUAUGCACCCAGGGUUUCUAAGUGAAGUUGACAGAUUUGGCCCUGUCCAGUCCGCCACAUUGCUGUCCCUCAGCAGUGCCUAUCAAGACGUUUAUUUCGGGACUGAGGAAAAGAACGACUCGCUAUGAGCACUUAGGAAGACGAUAGACAUUUCCCAUGGUUGAUCCAGACAAUCUGCUGUAGGAAAAAAUGAUUUUUAUUUGUAUUUGUUGCUUCAAAAUAAAGGAGGCUUUGACCAACAUAGCGAUGAAAUCGGAAAGAAAAAAAAAAUAAAGCUUUAUAAAAAUGUGUAAAAAAAAAAAAAAUCUAAAUAAAUCUAAAUAAAGGAAACCUAAGGUUAGUGUCGACGUAUUUAUAUAAUCAUGCUUCUGGAACUAAACCCAGCAACAGGUCAUUUUCAUAAGUAAUUGUAUUAAAAAGAAAAGAGAAUAUGUAUUCUGAAAUCCUAACAGUAUUUUUGGCUUGUGGCUACUGUGAGAGAAGAGACAUUGGAAUGUUAGCUGAGAGCACUUAUUCAAUACCGACUGCUUUGUGUAGAAAAGGAGUAUUAAGACAAUCGAAGGAAGAAGAGAACCAGAUGUGCGACUUGUUCCAUUGUGUUUGUUUUGUUGACGCAGGUCUCCUCUGUGCGAUGUAAUUAAAGAGGUGACUGCUGUUCCACCCGUUUGGAUUCAUUGUGCCGUGUAUGGUUGCUUCCACAGCAGUGUGAUCGUUGGCCUUUUAAUGAACCCAAGUAGCUGGCAGUUACCCUCUUGCGUUAGCUGGAAAGGUACGAUUCCUUUUCUUAAAAACAAUCAUUUACAUUAUUCUUCCUUUAAAAACCCUUCAAGUUACGACCUGAAGAAUAACGAAACUCUCUGCUAGAAGUGUUUGUAAUACCUCAUAUAUAAACUAAAAUAUUUCCUUCCAGUGUUGUAAUGAAGAGGUCAAAUUGUGCGAAACGGAGGGGCCCUAUUUGCAAAGAUUUAAUUGCAUUCUCAAGGUUCGAAGUACAGUUCAUGAGUAUCCAUGUAACUGAGCCCCUUAUUCAUAACACUUAUGCCUUGUGUUUUGACCAAGCUAGUAGACUUCUUUCUUUUAAUAGGGUGCCAAACUGGACCUGUGCAUUUCAUUGAUAGUCAAACAAAAAAGGCCUUUGGAUUAACUGUCGAGUUAAUAAGGCCAGUGCCUGUGGUCAUGCCGGUACUCUUCAGAAAAGCCUCACCGUAUCACACUGCUUUGGGAACCAGUUGGUUAUUUUAUGUGUGCUGUAUUACCAAGACCAACCAAACCUAGCGGACAGUCUUUUGUUCGUCUUCAUGCUGUGCUCAAGGUACAAAAAUAUGUCCGUCACCCCCCCAAAGUGUAGAUUAUAAUGCCAUAUGUGUGCCUAACCUGACCUAAUGUUGGGUGAACGUGAUCUGUUACAUUGCACAAGGCUGAGAAGUCUUUGUUUAAUUUGUCAAUCUUUGUAAAAGGACCGGGAGUAGUCCCUGAGCUGUUUUUCAUUGCAGGAUUAAAAAGUGCGGUUGAUUAGAAAAGGGCAAAAAGAUUUAUCAAAAUGAUAGCAUCAGAAAGAGAUACACAGACUAAAAACAUGAAUCAGUAAUUCCAAGCGGUGAUCUGUAAAGCUGGGUGCGUGCUGUGAUUAAAGUGACAAGGGAAAUUAAAGCAUGCUUGCCCUUUUUCAGCAUCAGUGAAAUUAAUUUGCGUCAAGUGAACUCAAUCACAAAACCACAUUUUUUCAAAGAACAUUUCAAAUUCCAUAUGUGCUUAUCAGCUAUAUACACCAUGACAGUUUUUGAACACAGUUCUGAUUGACCAUUCCCCGUCUGCUAAAUGCAAACUGCCGCUUUGCCUUGCUGUUUAAAUGUCAAUAUUAUCUCGAGGACUGGUAAAUUAGAUGAAUGUAGCGUUCAUUCCCAAAGAUGUUUACUUUGAUUUUUUGAGAAGUUGUCAGAGUUGUGAAUCACUCUCUUAACGUUGAUGACAUGUUUACAGUAAACGAAUGCAGAUUGUUAUCUAGUCACUGAAACGAUUUCUACUUCCGUUAUCGGAAACAGGAAUUGUUUUCUGUCUGGGUUUAAACUGAAGGAAUUGCGUUUUUGACAUGGAUUUGCAUUUUCAUACAAUGACGUCUAAAAAAACCAAACUGUUUGAAUGUUGUAAACCCCAAACUACAGUGUGUCCCUUUUCAACAGAGGACUGAACAAGUAGAGCAGCACCAUGGUGCUGUGCAUUCUCCUGUAUAACGGCUUUGAGAAAAUUGAGGAAAGCUGCCAAAUGAUUCAGCUGUCUUGAAACAGUGGUAACAGUAAAUUGUUUAUCAAACGCUUCUGUACCAACUCUGACCCACUUGUGGAGAAGUGAAAGCCGUGAAGCUACAGGGCACAGGUCUGACUUUGUUUAUCUUUCCUUCUCUCGAUGCAACAGUAGUCUUUAUGUUCCUUUUCGCCGUGAAGACACAUUUCAUGUUUACGUGUUAAAGUUCAGUCACGGGAGUGGUAAAGCGAGCACUUGACAGUUCUUAAACUGCCUUGGCUUCCCCUUGGCUCAGUCUGCAGUUUGGGCAGUACUGUAGCAAAUCAGGCUACUGCUGCUAAAGCCUAUCCACUUCCCCCUGAAUACUGUUAGUCACAAAGUCACGUCCCGUGACUUGGAAGGGCAGACAGUGGAAGUACAUUGUAAUAAAGAUAUACAACUUUAGCAAGGUGGGGGGAGUAGUUACCACCUUUUGGUAAAGAUGACCUGAAAUAUGUAAUAUAUUGUAAAGCACGAAAUUUGUAUUUUUAUGUAUGUGUAUGUUAGUUAUGUCCAUUGUAUUAAGUGAUUAGGGCUUUUUGUACCCUCAAUAUUUUAACCAGUAUGUAUGUUCCUCUCCCCCUUACCCCACUGUAUAAUUUUCCUAUAUAACUCAUGUGCAAUACUGCUGAUUAGAUACUCUGAGGUAGCUGCUAGUGGAGAAAUAAGAUUUGUAAUAAAAAAAAAUUUUAAAAAGUUAGAAGCAGACCAGAGGCAGGUCCUUCGUUGGUCUUCGUUGUUUCAGUCCCUUUAAGUGUCAGUAAGGUCCUGGUGAGAAAAAAAAAAAUACUAAACAAUUUAAAAGGAAAAAAAAAAAAAAAGGUCAAGAUUUUGUAAUGAAUCUAUGAGUUUAUUUGAGGAGGGCACCUGCUAUGAUUUCACUUUGUAUAAACAUUUAAUCAUGUGUACAAAAAAAAAAAAAACUAAUAACCACAAAAAAAGAGAAAGAAAAGAGUCGGAAAUGUGGAUUGUGUUAAAAACAAAACAAAAGCAGCUCACAUGGAACUUUUUUUUAUUUUUAUUGAAACAAGUGUUCCUUUAAAGCAUUUUAGUAACUCAGAUUUUAUAGUUUAUUCCUCAAUAAACUGAGAUGAAAAUGAAA